AUGCGAGUUGCCGAAGCAAUCAACACGGACCCUCAGCAGCGAGUAUUGCUACUUACUGCGGUAAACGCAGAUGUAAUGUCUUGUAUGGAAAAAAAAGCUAUUGGUGUCUACACUGGAAUGUCAUACGUAGAUUACGCAAAAAUUAUUGCAAGAGAUAUAAAUGGAUUUACGUCUCAAACCGCAUCAGGAACAUCACAAAGCGUCGCGUCUGGUCGACUGGCAUACACAUUUGACCUGAAAGGACCGGCCCUCAGCAUUGACACCGCAUGUUCGUCGUCGCUCGUUGCUGCGCAUAUCGGCACACGUGCCGUUGGCACGCGGGAAUGUGCCACUGCAGCCAUUUCCAUUUGUGGUGUCAACCUCACGCUUCUCGCGUACACAACCGCAAUGUUUCAGCGAGCCGGCAUGUUGGCCCCCGAUGGUCGGUGCAAGACUCUCGAUGCAUCCGCUGAUGGCUAUGUCCGAGCCGAGGGCUGCGAGAUAAUCUUGCUCGCGGCUUCGUCUGAUGACGUAACGCAACUAAGUGUCGCACUUGGCGGUUCGGCAGUAAACCAAGACGGGCGAUCAAGCUCGCUCACAGCACCAAACGGUCCCACUCAACACGCUGUGAUCAAGUCCGCACUGCUUGACGGUCGCUUCUCAGCUUCUGACGUGACGAGCUUGCACUUACACGGCACUGGCACG